AAUACUAUUUUGAAGCACUUAUACUCAGAAAUAGCCGUAAAACGCGCAUUAAUUGCCGUAAACACGGCUUGUCGCUAUGCCCAAACUCUUCGAAAGCAAGUUUGCAGGCGGAUGUAAGAGCCUCCCUGACGGGUUCUGGUCAGCGGUGGACGUGUGGAUCAAGAAGCCUCACGUUGUUAAUAAGCGUCUUUGCGGGGUUAAAGAGACAGAGAGCAAGGAUGUGGGCAGAGAGGACCUGCUCAUCCUCCUGGACGGUGAUGAAGAUGAGCAGCUGUUUGAUCACGUGAUGUUGUUCCUCCGCAGCGGCUCACCUGAGCGCACGCACCAACGGGACAAACCGUGGACGUCCAGCGUGAGAACUUUCAUCCCCAAAGUGAACUGUUAUGGAGCGAAGCAGCAGAAAGAAGUGAUUCUGAAAGACUUUGACAGACAACAAGUGACUUUUCUUACCUUUGAGGAGGAUGCAGAGGGCAAAGUGUCCUUCAGGAGAGGCAACGUGCAUCAGCUCAGGCUCUGCAGUCAGGGCUGUGAGGAAUGGACUUUGGAGCUGCACGUGAUGACGUUAGACGCCUGGUUCUCCGACGGCGUCGCCUAUCCCAAGCUGUCCUGGCUCUCCUCAGACCUGCUGCCCCGACUGGUGCGCUGGGCCUCCGAGUGCAAGAGCAGCGAGUUCAGGAGCACGCUGUCCCUGCUGCCGGUGGAGAAGUACAGCCUCGUGUACCAGCAGCUGAAGGACAAGUACAAGGCCAUGGUCAAGGUUUGGCCCGAGGUCACAGAUCCAGAGAAGUUUGUGUUUGAGGACGUCGCUAUCGCCACAUAUCUCCUGGUUCUGUGGGCUGAGGAGAGAGCGGAGAGAAACCUGGCAGAUCCACAGUCCUUUGUGGACCUCGGCUGCGGGAACGGCCUCCUGGUUCACAUUCUGACAAACGAAGGGCAUCCUGGACGGGGCAUUGACGUCCGCAGGAGGAGGAUCUGGGACACGUACGGCCCUCAGACCACGUUAGAGGAAAAGGCAAUAAUUCCCAGUGAGACCUUCACGUUCCCGGGUACAGACUGGCUGAUUGGGAACCACUCGGAUGAGCUCACACCGUGGAUCCCCGUGGUAGCAGCCAGGUCAUCUUACUCUUGCCGUUAUUUCGUCCUCCCCUGCUGUUUCUUCGACUUCUACUCAAAGUACCAGAGACGUCAGUGUAAGAAAUCUCAGUACAAAGAGUACAUUGAUUUCAUCUCGGAGGUCAGCCAAGUCUGUGGCUUCAACACCGAAGAGGACUGCCUGAGAAUACCGUCCACCAAACGUGUGUGUCUGGUGGGAACGUCGAGGAGCUACGAGUUCUCUGACGAGGCAGAGGUCGAGCGGCGAAGAGCUCGUUACAUCCAGAGCCGACGGACCUGCCCCGUGAUCACAGGCCAAGGGUCAGCCUUCAAAGUUGACGGGGAGCUUCUCGAUGGGGAUACGGAGCGCUACGACAUCUCAGGGAGCACAUGGGGAGCCGGGUUCCAGCCUAGAGACAGAGUCGAAACGGUUCGAAACUGCGCCGCCCUCCCCCGGGACUUUGUUGACAGAAUCGUCCUGCAAGUUGCUAAUGCUCUUCUGGGAAUGACUGCCGGAGAGUCCUGCAAGGACUGGAACAAAGGAGGCAGCCUCUCUGUAAGCGAAGUGGCCGGGUUGUUGGAGCAGGAAACCCUGCGGUUCCUGAAGAAAGAAUGCGGAGGCCUUCAGACGCUUCUCAAGAACAACCACCAAGUCUUUCGAGUAGAAGGAGGGAGAGUCUACAUAAGAGACUGGCGGGAAAAGAAGUCCUCCGGGAUGAAAACCCAGAGAAAACCCAUCGCCCCCGGUGCCCUAAAAACCCGUCUGUGUUGGUUUUACAGCCACCACCCUCAGGGCUGCCCCCUGCUGGCCCAAAACUGCGCCUACGCCCAUGGACCAAAUGACCUCCGACCGUCCACUCGACCUCCCAAGACAAAGAACGUCGUCUUUCGACGAGAUCCUUCUUGA